AUUUGUUCCAAAAUGAGAAAAAAAUAAAAAAUCUGUAAAAUACUGUAAAAUGUAAUGUCGACUAAUAUUUUUAAAAGAAUAUUAAGCAUACAAGAACAAAUUAUUAGUCACAUACACUCUCGCUCAUUUGAACAUAUACAACCUCAGCUGAAUCUUCUAAUUUCAUCUCAAAAUGAACUGGUUCUUGGUUUAAGAAAAACUAAAUUUUACAAAGAAUUUAAUAGUAUUUUCUCCUUUGAAACCCAAACAAAUGAUGAAAAUGUUUUGUUUUACGAGAUAUCAACUGCCGAUACCAGUUUAUCUAAAGAACUCUCAAAAAAUUAUAAAAAUUUGAAAAACUACAUAAAUUCAGUAAUUAGAAACAGAGAAAAGCUGGAUUCUAAUACUAAAUCAGUUCUUUGUGAUUCAGCAACUGACGAACAUGAAUAUAACAGUUUCAUAAGUUGUGAGUUAGAAGCCAAGCUACAUGAGGUUUGUGAUAAGGUUUCGUUGUCAAUGGACAUCGGUGGGACGUUUAUUAAGAUUUUGUUAAAUUUACCUAUGAAGAACCGUGAAAAUUAUGAGUUUUUCAAGGAUGUUUACGUUUCGUUUCUUGAUUCCAUUUACUUCUCAGAUAGAUUUUCUGAGUUAUUUGGGUCAACUGAUAAACAAGUAAAUGUAGAAUACCAAAAGGAUCUCGAGGAUGUUCUCGAAUUUCUCCAUUCCAUAUUCCUGAGUAUUAAGGUUCGUGAUAGAGUCCUUGUUUUUAAAUACUUACCAGUCUCUGAUUUCGAAAGUGUUAUCAAGCUAAUUCAAGAUAGGGGGUAUCCUAAAGAAGGUACGUGUAUAAAUUUUACCGGAGGAGGAGCUUAUAAGCACACAGAGUUUCUUAAUAACACAUUUGUAAAAUCUAAAGUAAAAGUGAACGGAUUCGAUGAGUUCUCCGCCAUGGUUGAAGCCUCAAAAUUUCUUACUAAAAUGGAGAAAUCAGCUGUUAGAUAUGAUUUGAUACACAGAAUUCCGGAAAUUAUCUCACUGGAACCAGUUCACCCGUUUAUAAUCUCAAAUAUAGGUUCGGGGACUUUUUACUUAAAGGUGGACAGUGAGAAUAAACAUCAACAUGUUUUUGGAACCUCAAUUUCCGGUGGCACUUCAUUCGGGCUAGUGAAUUACCUCCUCCCUUUAAAUGAAAGAAGAUCAUUCAUAAAGAUAUUUAAAACUGGGACAAAUAAGUUAGACUCAUUCUCAGAACGUGAGAAGAUGGAUAACGACAAUUCGGGUGAGUGUGAUUCAGUAUCGGAAACUUUAAAUAAAUCAAAACCUUACGGAUUGUGUCAAAGCUUAGGAAAGUUUAAACCUGAAGAAAUCACCAAUGACAGUAAACAAUAUCCAAGAGAGUUAUACAAGAGCUUGAUUGAUAUGGUAGCAUACAACAAAGGGUGUUUGGGAUAUAUUCUAGCAAAAGCAAAUGGAGCCAAGAGAAUGAUUUAUAACGGAAAUUUCAUAUGUAACAAUACAAUGGACUCGAUUGUCGCGGGGUUCGCCUUCACAUCAGAUGUUUAUAAGGACAAAUCAAUUGACCUGUGUUUCCCACUCCAUGGACCUUAUACAGCAGCAUUAGGAUCCUUUUUAAUGAAAAACUAGUCCUCUUCAUAGCUUAUUUAAUAUUUUGAUUUAAAA